AUGAGCUCAUUUGAUCCACAGAUACACUCACCACAGCGCUGCAGCCCGCAAUUUCCAAACAUUGGCCAGGAACCUCCUGAAAUGAACAUCUACUAUGAAAAUUUCUUUCAUCCUCAGAAUAUUCCUAGUCCACAAAGGCCUACGAACUUUGAAACAGGGGACUACAAUGCUACACCCAACCCUUAUCUGUGGUUAAAUGGACCUUCCAUUAACAGUCCACCUUACCUACCAGGAACUAAUGGUAGUCCAUACAUCCCACCAUCCUAUGGGAUGCAAAGGCAGCUCUUGCCUAACAUGCAUGGCUUGACAGGGAAUGAAAUGGGCUGGCUCCCUAUGCCUUCUCAAGAAGAGCUGAUGAAGCUGGUCAGGCCACCUUAUUCCUAUUCUGCACUCAUUGCCAUGGCCAUCCAUGGAGCACCGGACAAGAGACUGACACUCAGUCAAAUCUAUCAGUAUGUUGCUGACAACUUCCCCUUCUACAAUAAAAGCAAAGCUGGCUGGCAGAAUUCUAUACGGCACAAUUUGUCUCUCAAUGAUUGCUUCAAGAAGGUGCCCCGAGAUGAAGAUGACCCAGGGAAAGGCAAUUACUGGACUCUGGAUCCAAACUGUGAGAAGAUGUUUGACAAUGGAAACUUUCGUCGGAAGAGGAAGAAGAAGUCUGACUGUAGUGCCAGCACAGCAUCUCUUGCUUCUGACAAAUCGGAGGACAGCACCCUAAGCGGCAGCCCCAAGGCAGCAGCAGAACAUCAAGACAUGUUGGAGAACUCCUCGUCUGGCACGGAGAGCUCCCCUGAAAAGAGAUCUCCACCACCAUCUUCCACCACUCCCUGCCUCAACAACUUCCUGUCCAGCAUGACGGCUUAUGUGAAUGGGUCCAAUUCAGUGAGCCGCUCUGUGGCCCUGGGACUUAGCACUGAUACCGGUGACAAAAUGGGACAGAAUAUGGUAGGCUUCAACUCAUAUACUCCUCUUUCCAACAUCUCCAGCCAUAGCAGUGGAGGAGAGUGGUCCAAUUCCAUGUCCUCUAAUCAUCUGGGCUACAGCAGUUCAGUUCUCAACCAGUUCAAUACCAGUUUUUACAAUAGCCUUGCUGCAAAUAAUACUCUAUAUUCAAGAGAGGGAUCUGAAGUGUAA